GAAUUAUUUUGGAGCAGCUUAGUUUUCUAUUGCCGAAUGCAUCAUAUUCAGGACAUUGUUGUUUGUAUAUAGAUUUAGGGCGCAUACGAAGAGCGUAUUCGUUGAUAUCAAAUUGCAAAUUCCAGUUCUUUGUGAGAUUGGCAUAAUUUGUUCACUUUAUGCUGAUAAAUUUUGUGCCCUAGUUUGGAUAAUUGAAGUACACAUCGUUGAUCUAAAUAAACGAAGGAAACAAGGGGAUUUCUAUGCCGCAUCUUUGCCCUUUGACAGAAGUUUUUCAUAUUAUUUUGUGUGAAAUAAAGCUCAUCUAAAUGUGCCCAAAAUGAAAGUAACAAUUAAAUCAUGGAUGGGAGUUGCAUCAUGGCGUUGGAUAGCAAAUGAUGAAAAUUGUGGCAUUUGUCGUAUGUCGUUUGAGAGUACGUGUCCAGAAUGUGCGCUUCCCGGCGAUAAUUGUCCAUUGGUAUGGGGCGUCUGUACACAUUGCUUCCACAUGCAUUGUAUUGUCAAGUGGUUGAAUUUGCAAACUAUGAAUAAGCAGUGUCCAAUGUGCCGACAAGCUUGGAAGUUUAACUUUCACUGAAGUCCGGACAUCCAUGAUUGGACACAUUACUAUAAGAUCAAAAGAAACAAAUAGGUAUAACAAUCUUAAAAUUAAAUACAAAUAGUAAUCAAAACGAAACAAGAAAAGUCAAAAUUUUGCAAAGACAGCACUUUAGUAUUUGCUGUUUGAAAUAAGUUAAGGGAGGGAAAUUCAACGUAGCGAGAGCAG